AUGUCAAUAAUGACUUCGUUUGCCGACAAUUUUUGGGGCGAGAAGAACAAUGGCUUUUUUGUUCUCUACCAUAACAUGAAACAGGGCCAGACAGCUAGCAAGGAAUUUAUUGAAUUUCUUCGAGAAAGCUGUAAUGUGGAAGAGAAUUAUAGCAAAUUGCUUACCAAGCUGGCUAAGAAUGUUAGUAAUUGCAUUCAAGAAGGGACAUUUUCUCCAUUUUGGAAUUUGUUGAAGUCUCUGGUGGAAAAACUGGCCACUUUACAUAUGCAGUUGGUCUAUUCAUGGUCUGAACUCAUCAAAGAUGUUGUCCGUUACAAUGAAGAACAACACAAACGACAUAAGAAUAUGAAAGAAACGGAAUCUGCAACUCUGGAAGUUGUGCAGUCUAUUCAACAAACUACAACUGCUCUUCACAAAGCCAAAGAAUUAUAUCACACCCGAGUAUCUGAACUGGAACGGCUCAAGAGAGAUGGUGCUUCCCAGAAAGACACGGAAAAGGCUGAGAGCAAAUUCAAAAAAGCAAGUGAUGAAUAUCGGAGUCUUGUUGACAAAUAUGCUGAAGUCAGAAAUGAAUUUGAAAGAAAAAUGUCUAUAUCUUGCGAUCAAUUUCAACAACUGGAAGAAGAACAUGUCAGUCAAAUGAAAGAUUUUAUUGAUACAUAUUCCAAGGCCUGGGAGAAUGAACAUAUCUUGUUAGGCCAGGUGCAUACAGAGUUCCGAAGUAACUGUGAUCAAAUGACAGUCCACAAAAUGAUAGAAACAUUUAUCAAAUCCAAGUCUACAGGUCUGGAAAAACCAGGUCCAAAAGAGUUUGUGGAACCGGACUUGUCCUGCCUGCCUGUUCCUCGUCCUUUGUCUCCUGAAACAGUUAACAAAAAAGAUAGUUCACUGGAAGUGGAUAAAAGACAAAAGAAAGAAGACUCCAGCGGGAGUCCAAGUCCUGUGUUAGCUGAGGCCCAGCCGGGACCCUUGAGCCGCAGUGUCAAGUUGAGAGUGUCUCGAACAUGGUUCCUGAAAUCGAAAAGGGACAAAAAGAAAGAAAAUAAAAAGAAGAAAAAACGAGAUAAAGAUGAAAAUUUAGAAACAGAUAGCAGUAAUGGACAGACUGUGCCAGAUGUGGAUGAUGAAGGUUAUAGUCGACAGCCAGAAACUUUAUUUGAUGAUAUCCUUAUUGAGAUGAAUUCUACGAGUUGGAAUUCCAGUGAAAGUGAUAGUGAUUCAGAAGGAGAUCCAGAUGUAAAAAAAAAAAUCAAGGUUGCAAUCCGCCCACUGAGCCCAAAUGGGACGCCGACAGGAACCGUGGAAGACAUCAGAGCCUCCAUUGAAGGAUUACGACUAUCGCCCACAGUCACACAUCGGAAACGUAGUCAGACGCCUAUAGACAAAAAGAUGAAACGAUCACAGUCAGAAUCCGACACACUUGACCCUAGCAAGCCCAGCCAUGACCUUCUUAAACUGGACCUGUUCAAUUCUAGUGCUGCAUCCACACCUACUGGUGGCAACACUUACAAUCUUCCUUCUCCACUGGUGUCUUCACGAGCGGAUGGUACUUCACACACCUCCAAUAGUGGCUCAACUACAACGUUAUCAAGUUCUAAUGCUAGUGAUGCGGCUGGUGGUUCAAAUCAAACAAAUCAAGACACAUGUAUACUGCCUGCUCCUCCCAGUUCCAAAGUAGUUGGCACUUCUAGUCAGGCCACAUCCCCAGUUGGUUCUGCAGCCGCUGCUGCUACUACUGCUGUCCACCCUAGUUUCCCCCUCCCACCUCGACCACCAUCACGCACCAAGACUCCACUCCCACAGGUGCCUCUACGUCCUGGCCGCAUGAGUCCAGCUACCCUGAUCUCUCCUCCUGACAGUUCUGGUUCCAUGUUCAACACAACUUCCUCAUUAGGCUCUUCACGGGGUUCUAGUCCCCUCACUCUAGGGAUGGCUGAUGUCAUUCCUAUGGCCGUGGCCUUCACAGAGAAUAUCAAUGCCAAUUUCAAGGGAACAGAUGCCACAAAAUGCACUGUAUCACUGACAGGUAAUUUAAUGAUGUCCUUCCCUGCUGGAAUCAUCAAAGUGCUGACAGAAAACCCGUCUCCAUCCAUGCUUAGUUUUCGAGUUACUGGUGCUGCACGUUUGGAGCAUGUCCGAAUCAAUACUCAGUUGAUAUCUCAGGAUACUUUGCAGAGCACAUCAGAAAGUUUUACAUACAUUUUUGAUAUGACUGCGCUGACAGAACAUCUUCGUGCAGAGGGAGAGAUGAAUAAGUCAGCAUCUUAUUUUAACGUAGACAUAUUGAAAUAUCAGGUAAAAACCUUACCAGGUGUUGAUAACACCCCGUUGCCUUUGGUGGUAUACUGGAAGUGCACCCCAACAGAUACAAAUUAUCGGCUGGAUUAUAAAUAUAAUCCAAGCCCUAUGUCACUGCCUGUCACGCUGAAGAAUAUUCAAGUAACUGUUCCUGUUGAUGGUCAGGUAUCCAGUAUGCAAAGUAUCCCUACAGGAAACUGGAAUUUAGAGGAAAAGCGUGCCACAUGGAAACUGUCAGACAUCUCUGAAUUGAGUGAGAAUGGUUGCCAAGGUUGCAUUCGGGCCAAAUUUGACACUAGCAAUGGACCAAACAAUCCUUUGCCCACUGCCCUACAAUUCAUUGCUGAAGGAGCCACACUUUCAGGGCUGGACUUUGAACUCGUUGGCUUUGGUUAUAGACUCUCUUUGGUGAAAAAGAGAUUUGGCACAGGCAAGUAUGUUGUGGAGCCAGACCCCGAUAUAAAGUACCCCUAA